AUGAGAUUACCCACUCUAAUAAAUAAAUACAUUAAUAAUAAGAGAGGACAUGAUAGUCAAAUAACAGAUUCGAUCACUCCCCCUCCAAUGAAAAAAUUCUCAAGAGAGUCUUCUCCGAAUGAAAGAACGUCAAGAUCCAGAUCAGCGUCACCCACAAAAUAUAGAAGAAGACAUCCAUAUCAAGUACCAAAACAUGUCACAAUUUCUAAAGAUACCAAGUCUCUACAAUUAAAUACUACGCAUACUGUUGCCUUCUAUGAGGGUCUCUCAACGCCUGUGGAGUCUCCUGUAACAACUCCGGAGAGGAUAAAUAUUGUAACGACACCUUUAACUUCACCAAGACCUGACUUUUACGAUAAGGAAUUGAAUUUUAGAACAUCUUUAGUCAAGAAUUUUGCUGACUUGAAGUUACAGCAGCCUUUCCAAACACAUCCAAUAUUUAGAAUACCCGAGAUAUUGGAUAAUAUAAUUAAGCAUUUAUCGUUGCAUGAAAAGGAAGCCAUUAAUCUAAAUGAAAAUCCUUUCAAAAGAAGAGCUCCAGAAACCUAUCAACAUGCUUUGCUAUUGUAUAAAGACGAGGUAAAAGCCAAAAAGGUCUGGGACGAGGUCCUAAAAACUAAAAGAAAUAGCAAUUUUGUCUAUGAACCAAGUCUGUAUAAUUGUCUUUCUGUUAAUAAAAUAUGGUACAGAGUUGCUUUACCUUACCUUCAAAAAGAGCUAAUGUUUAGAGAUGCUAAUAAACUCAAAAGAUUUGGUGAGUUGUCAAAGGGUAUCUAUGGCAAGAAAAAAAAAUUCACUAGUCCCAAUUCAUUUACCUUGUACAAAUUGCAUCAGGUAGCGCCAGGUGAUCAAAUAAUGGAAGAUAUUUCCACGCUCCCAUUACAAAAUGUAAAAACUUUACAAUUUUACAUCUGUCCCAACAUCUUACCACCUAGAUCUUGGUUCCAUGUUGCUCAAAACUUACAAAAGGUAAUUCUGCCAGGAAAUAGGAAGAUAAAUGAUAGAUUCUUGAUUGAAGCAUCCCUCAAUUUAACCAAUUUGAAAUAUUUAGAUCUUAGAGCUUGUGAAAAUGUUAGUGAUGUUGGCAUUGUCUCAAUUGCAUUACGCUGCAAGAAACUAGAAUUUAUCAACUUAGGCAGACACAGCCGUGGUGAACUUAUAACAGAUGUCUCUUUGGUGGCACUUGGCAAGUACACCAAUAUUGUGACACUAGGAAUGGCAGGUUGUAACAUCACAGAUAAUGGGCUUUGGGAUUUUGCCCAAAGAAAUGGUGAUAAUGUCAAAAGAUUAUCUUUGAACAAUUGUAAGUUACUGACAAACUUUUCAAUACCCUACCUUGUCGGAUUCAACUAUUUCCCAAAUUUGGCGGUAUUGGAGAUAAAAAAUCUGGUUAAUAUCGACGACGUCAAAUGGCUAGUUAAAUUCAUGUUGUGGAAAAAAUAUUCGAAUCAUCCUCUCUUAAUUGAGAGCUGUCACAGAAUUACCAAGCUUCUGGGUAUAGAAGAGAAAAAGAUAAAAAAGACUAAUGCCAUUUGCGCUUUGAGUGACAUGAGUGAAUGGAUUAAUGAGGAUGAAAGUUUGUAA